AUGUCAGCGAUGGAAUUGAUACCUGCCCGCCUUACCACUACUCUCACUGUGUUCCUUAAUCCUCUAGCCAACCCCUGGUAUGAUACCUCUAUGGCUACAGCUCGAUCUGCCAAUUCCAACUACAUCAAACCUCUUACGGAAAGAACUACCAACAAGAAGGCACACCAGCUCGUCGGCAGGCAUCUCCCCCCCUCUCAGACUGACUUCGUGUUGACAUCCUGCGAUGGAUGGCAAAGCAAACAACAUUUUCCAAAUUGA